GUCUAUGGUCUCAUGAAGUUAUGACUCGUAAGUCGUCUCGGACUAAGAUCAAAGUUCUUCCUUUGAGGAAUGGUAUUACAUUCUGCCGUAAUAAUUCAACAGCUACUCAGCCUGAACAAGUUGAGUCUGCUGUACAAGAAAGCAACACAUCAAAAAGUCCUCUAAACCAUCCGGAUUAUUUUCAAGUACAUAACCUGUUCACUGUCAAAGAUUUAUUUGAUGCAAGAGUUCAUUUCGGACAUAAAGAAGGAUCACUAAAUGAAUUUAUGACUCCUUACAUUUAUGGUUCAAGACAGGGCCAUUUAAUAUUUGAUUUAGAUAUUACAGCAGAACAUUUACGUAAGGCACUUAAUUUUACAGCACAUAUUGCAUACAGAGGUGGUAUCAUUUGUUUCUUUAAUAGAAAUGCUUUGAAUGCUCAUUUGGUUGAGAAAACAGCUUUAGAAUGUGGCGAGUAUGCUCAUACAAGGUUUUGGAGAGGAGGUAUUUUUACAAAUGCGAAUCAUCAAUUUGGUGCAGUCACAAGAUUACCUGAUCUCUGUAUAUUUUUAAACACCCAAAAUAAUAUUCUCAAUCAACACACUGCAGUUAGAGAUAGUGCCAAAAUGUUAAUACCUACUAUAGGUAUAGUUGAUUCUAACUGUAAUCCAAAUUUGAUUACCUACCCUGUUCCUGGAAAUGAUGAUACUCCAGUAGCAGUUGAAUUGUAUUGUAAACUAUUCAAAGCAGCCAUUACCAGAGGAAAAGAGGCAAGGAUGAAAUUUUUACAAGAAAACAACUGAAUAUAAUAAUUUUUAUAAAACAUUUAAUUUUAAAAAUUAUAGCAACAUUUAGAUUAGGAAAAAUAUUUGUUUUGUAAACUAUAACAAUAGAUAUAUUCUUAAUUUA